AUGAGUUUCAAUGGUGAUGGUUCCCUGCCACCUCCACCUUCGCCGAGUACUCCCGAUUGCGAGUUUCCAAGCGCUGUUGUUCCUAACUUAGAAGCCGUAAAGUGUGGCCUUCUAAAAGAUGAACUAUAUCAGCAGACUUUCUAUCUCAUAAUGGACUAUUUUAAGGAGUACGUAGGUUGCGGUGGAUGUACAAAGACCAACGGUCUUAACCUAAUCUCCAUCAGUUCAUUAAACAAGACAGCAGAGACUCUUCGAGAAAUAUGUGGGCAACUAAUGGGCAAACAUCAGCUGGCGUUCAAAGGUGCAACACAGAAAUUAGUUAUCAAAAAUUAAGAUGAUUUGAAAAUUGUCAGAAGUAUUUCAUCUGAGGGUUUUAAAGAUGGAAUCACAAACUGGGGCAGAAUAGCUACAGUCAUUGCGUUUGGAGCAUUUCUGAGUCGACACCUUAAGGAAGUACAUAUGGAAAACUGUGUUGAUGGGGUGGCGAAAUGCAUCGCAGACUUCUCAGUACAAGAAAAAAGGGACUGGCUGGUGAAACAUCAAAGCUGGGAAGGAUUUGUUGAGUGUUUCCACUUGGAAGACCCAGUGAGCUGCAUCCGGAAUGUACUGAUAACAUUUGCAGGUGUUGCUGGGUUGGGAGAAGGUCUAGCCUACAUGAUCAGGUGAAUUGUGACUUGUGUGUGAAACUGCUCCAAUAUUUUGCUCAGAGUUGCA